UCAGCGGCAGGGCCAGAUGUCACUGCUAUAUCAGCUCUGCAGCCAGACACAAAUCUUAUUCAAAAACAGCCACGAGUGUUAAGAGGUUUAAAACAACAAAUUUAAACUGGAUUUCAAAGCGUCUCCUCCAGUCAUGGCACCAAUUCUGCUUAACUGUUUGGGGAAUGACCACAAUGAGUAUAUCAAACAACUAGUCCAAGUGAAAAAUCCCUACUUGGACGCCAUGGAGGAGGAUAUUCUCUACCACUUCAGCUUGGGCACCAAGACUCACAAUCUUCCAGAAAUGUUUGGAGAUCUUAAGUUUGUCUGUGUUGGAGGCAGCGCGAAUCGAAUGAAGGCUUUCGCCCAGUUCAUCCACCAGGAACUGGAGCUGCCUGGAAACCCAGAGGAAGUCGUCGAUAUCUGCGAGGCCACUGAUCGCUACUGCAUGUAUAAAGUGGGACCCGUGCUCUCUAUGAGUCAUGGCAUGGGGGUCCCUUCCAUCUCUAUAAUGCUGCAUGAGCUCAUCAAACUGCUGCACCACGCUCAGUGCCGGAACGUGGUCCUGUUGCGCCUCGGGACAUCUGGCGGUGUUGGUCUGGCUCCUGGGACUGUGGUGGUCACGGAUAAAGCCGUGGACUACUCCUUCCUGCCCCAGUUCGAGCAGGUGGUUCUGGGUAAAGUUGUGACCAGAAGCACUGAGCUGGACGAGGGAUUGGCCAAUGAGCUUCUGCAGUGCUCCGCUGAGCUUCAACAAUUCCCUACAGUGAUUGGAAACACCCUGUGCACCCAUGACUUUUAUGAAGGUCAAGGCCGACUUGACGGAGCUCUUUGCUCCUUCUCUCAUGAAGACAAACUGGAGUAUCUCAGGAAAGCUCACGCGGCCGGAGUGAGGAAUAUUGAAAUGGAGUCCUCCGUAUUUGCGGCUAUGUGCCGCGCCUGUGGCCUCAAAGGGGCGGUGGUCUGUGUUGCAUUGCUGGACCGCUUCGAGGGAGACCAGAUCACGUCCUCUCAUGACGUGCUGGUGGAGUACCAGCAGAGACCUCAAGUCCUGGUGUCCCACUUCAUCAAGAAGCGUCUGGGACGUGCUGUCUGAAAUCCCUCCGUCUGCCCUCCCAACCCCAGCUUCCCAAAUAGAGUGUAAAUAGCUGAUAUGUGGAUAUGUACAUAUACUGUAUUUAACAUGUUAAUAUGUGUAUUAGACACUUAUUAAAAAAGUUAUGAUUUCUUUGAUUUAAUUGAUGAAGCUCAAAUAUUAAGUAUGUUGCAUAAGUACACUACCGUUCAAAAGUUUGGGGUCAUCCAGACAAUUUCGUGUUACAUGAAAACUCACUUUUAUUUAUCAAAUGAAUUGAAAAUUGAAUAGAAAAUAUAGUCAAGACAUUGACAAGGUUAGGAAUAAUGAAUAAUAUUUGAAGUAUUAAUUUUGUUCUUCAAAUUUCAAGCUCAAAGGAAGGCCAGUUGUAUAGCUUAUAUCACCAGCAUAACUGUUUUCAGCUGUGCUAACAUAAUUGCACAAGGGUUUUCUAAUCAGAUAUUAGUCUUCUAAGGCGAUUAGCAAACACAAUGUACCAUUAGAACACUGGAGUGAUAGUUGAUGGAAAUGGGCCUCUAUACACCUAUGGAGAUAUUUCAUUAGAAACCAGACGUUUCCACCUAGAAUAGUCAUUUACCACAUUAACAAUGUAUAGAGUGUAUUUUUGAUUAAUGUUAUCUUUAUUGAAAAAACUGCUAUUCUUUGAAAAAUAAAGACAUUUCUAAGUGACCCCAAACUUUUGAACGUUAGUGUAUAUGAAAGUAUGUAUUGGAUCGUUUAAUAUUUAAUACUCUGGCAUUUAUGUAAGGUAACAUUCAUUUUCUAAAGAAUGUGUUCUGUAUGUUGAUUUUAAUAUUUGACUUGCACUUGUAACUCAACAAAAAUUGUUGGGCGUGUGAGCAAAUGAUUGCUAAAUCAUUGUCAUUUUUCUUAUGAAACAGGAAAUGGACCAGACAUUUAGUUGUUCCUGCCACACAAGCAGUUUAUAAAUAUUGAUAUACAGAGAGGUAAUCAUAAUCUGUUAGAGGUAUAUGUUUAUUGUCAAAUAAUGAUAAUGUAUUAUACUGUAUUUCUCAUGAAGUGUAUACAACGUUCAAUAAAAGUCAACAAUAAUAAAAGCCUUUCGUCACUUG